AUGGCCUCACACCGCAUCGGCGCGCGCGUCGCGGGCCUCUCGCCAGAGCAGCUGUGCGCCAUCAUCGAGGCGCAGGCGGGCGCGAGCGACGCCGCGCUGCGCGUGGCGGAGGAGCACGCCGCACAGCUCGUGGAGCAGCCCGAGUGGAUCCUCUCCGAGGUCCUCCUCUCGCCGGACCUCGCCCCGCACAUCCUCGCCCAGCUGCCGACCAAGGAGCACGCCGCCAAGGGGACCGAGCGGCGCAAAGAGGUAGCGUCGCGCAUGUUUUCCAAACGUUUUUGCCUGUCCAACCUAGGUAGAAUUCUUGAGGGAGCGCCGCUGUUGAUGGCAACAACUCCUGGCUGCGGCCCAUCCCAUGCGGCGCUUGUCGCCGGCUGCGCCUCACCCUGGCCAGCUCAGCUGCCAAAGUGUCCGGGCAUCCGGCUCGUCGUCGACAACAGUUCUGCUGUGGCGCAGUCCGCAGCAUUCGUCUCCGCCAACCUCAGGUUGCUGCCGACGCUCUUGCUGCAGGCCUUUCAGCCGUCGUGCCUGAGCGGCCUGCAGGACCUCUUUUGCUCCGUCUCCGGCGCCAGCUGUGCCUUCGGCGCUCCUCUGCCGCCCUGCGCCUCCGUCUGUGAAGACGUGCGUGCCGCCUGCAGCGAAGUGCUCGACCACUUUCCUCCCGAGGCGCUCGUGCGGCUCGACUGCGCCAGAUACCCGGCGGUGGCCUGGCCAUCGUGCAUCGCGCGCAAGCCGUGGGCGACGAUGGGCAGCACGGCGGCUCUCGCGCUGCUUUUCGGGUGCGGCCUCCUGCGCGUCCAGAUUGUGGUCGACCCGCUCUCGCUCUGGCUGCCCGACGCGUCGACAUCGGCGGUGCAUGCCGCCCGCGUGAGGAUGCUGACGGGGCGGCCGGACGCGCGCUUCCUGCAGGUGCUUGUGGAGCCCGGGGGCACUGGCGCCGCAGCCCCUCUACCGCUCCGCGACGGGCUCCUCGCCUCCCUCUCUGUCCACGAGGCCCUCUCCGCGGUGCCGCCGGGGCGGAGCGCGGUCACGCUCGCAGGCGCGCCAACCUCGUCCGGCGUUUGGUCGCCGCUCGAGUUGUGGCUCUACGACCGGCGGCGGCUGCUUGCCGACCCGGACCCCGCCGCCACUCUGGCACGGGCCGUCGCCGCAGAUGGGAUUGACGGCGGCUUCACGGCGGUGCUGCUCGGUGGCCAGCUCGCGACGCAGCCGCCCCUACAGGGUGGAGCGGCAGAGCUGCCGCGCAACGACACGGCGCUCAACGACACGGCGCUCUCCGCGCUCCUGCUAAACUACUUUCUCGACGGCUCGCCCGCGAGGAAGAGCGAGGGCGUGGCGGACGUGCGGGUCAGCGUGCGCUCCAACGCGGUCUUCAACGCCGACAUCGCGUCGGCAACCGCCGACACGGCGCUGCUCAUCUCCGUCGGGAUCGGCCUCACCUCGAUGUUCGUCUGCCUCUUCCUCGCCCGCGACCGCUCGUGCCUCGGCGCCCGCCCCGCUCUCGGAGGCGCCGCCAUCGGCUCCGUCAUGCUCGCGACCGCCGCGGCGUUUGGCGUGUGCGCCGGCGCGGGCGUAAAGUACAACGAGAUGGUCAGCGUCGCUCUCUUCGUCAUGCUCGGCGUCGGCGGCGACGACGCCGUCGGACCUGUCCAAGACACUUCCGUGACCGUCCGAGUCAUGUCCAUAGGCGUCGGCGUCGACGACGCUUUCCUCUUCGUGCGAGCCCUCGAGGACGUCCUUGCUGCGCGGCAAAAGGAGCGGCAGCACGAGCGGGCGCAGCCUCCUCCCCAGCCUACUUGGGUGGAGAGGCGUGGAGUGGAGAGGUUCCCCUCGUGGACCCAGGCGGACGCGAGCUCUCUCGAGGCCUCUCUCGAGGCGGACAUCGGCGCGGCACUUGCGGCGGCGGGCCCUUCCAUCCUCCUCUCCUCGACCACCAACGCGCUUCUUGAUGGCCGUGCGGUGCGCUGGGCCGCCGCAGCUGCGCUCGUCCUACACGUGGCCGCCCUCUCCCUCUCUGCGGGCGCUGCCUUCCGCCUCCCCGUCGGGGUCAACCUGCGCGUCAUGAUGCCGCCGGCGGCACCGACGAACCUCUUCCUGUCGCGCUCCGCCCUCGCGCUGCCGCGUGGGAUGCCCUCUCCCGUCUCUGUGUACGUGCAGCACGCGCCGCCCUCGCCCUUCGUGGCGGUUUGCGCGCCCGUGUGGACCGACCAGCUGGCGGAGGCGUGGCGGCGGGCGGGCGGCUCGCCCGAUGCGGCCGCCUACGCGCCGGGGGCGGUGCGGGCGUUCAGCGAGUCCGGCGACGGCGCGGCGGUCGAGGCGAGCGGUGGCGUGGUGCGCGAGGGGGGGGGCGGCGCGCCUAUCGCGACGGUGGUGCAGCUCCUCGUUGAGGGAUACGGCGCGAGGGAGAUGCUGUCGCUGCGCGGCUCGCUCGAGGGGCUGGGCCUCGGCGGCGCCGCUUUCGUGCACUCGGACUUUGACGACGCCACCAUUGCGGGGUACACGCUCGCCUCGCUCGGCGCCGUCCUCAUCUCUGUGCUGGGGGUCACCCUCCUCCUCUCGGCCCAGCCCGCCUUCGCCCUCGCGAUGGGGGCGUGCGCCCUCUCGUCGGUGGUCCUCCUCGCCGGCUGGAUGCGGCUCUGCUCUGUGCCGCUCUCCUCCCUCUCCGUGGUCCCCCUCCUCCUCGCGGUCGGCCUCUCGAUCGACUACUGUACACACGUGGCGCACGCCUUUUGGGAGGCGCAGGGCACGCCCGAACAGCGAGCCACUAGGGCCCUCGCGGCCCGCGGCGCCUCAGUCUCGCUGGGUGGCGUGUCGACGGCGCUCACCGUCUCCCUGCUCGCCUUCUCGGGGACCGCCAUCAUGACCACGUACCACGUGAUGCUCAGCGGAGUCGUGCUACUCGGGCUGUGGCAUGCGCUCAUUGCCCUCCCGGCGGCCCUGCUGCUGCUCAGCCCGGCGGGCGGCGGCAGCGGGGACGGCAGAGGGGGCGGCGCCGUGGUCUCGACGAUGCAGCGCUCCAAGGCGCCGCCGCUCCCAGCCAGGCGCGGCAGCGCAAAGGAACUCGCAUGA